GGCUCCACCAACUUGGAUGAACUUUUAUCUGGGUGAUAGUACCGAAACAGCUGAAGGACAGGCAACAAAUCACAUCAAGAGAGAGGGUUAUGAAAGGCUGAGGAAAAAAAUCAAAUUGCAGCUACAAAGUGAUUGGAGUGUCUCUACCACAAAGCUUUCACACCAGCCAGGUACUGGUGGGACGACUCUAGCAAUGCAAGUACUGUGGGAUCUAAGAAAAAAGCUCAGGUGUGCUGUUCUUAUAGACCCUUCCUGUGACAAGUGUGUCACUGGCAAAACAGUACAAAAAGAUCCUCUUUUAGACACUAGGACUAUUGCCAAACAAGUGAUUCAACUUUUCAAAGAGGGUGACCACCCGACUACUGUACUGCUUCUGCAAGACAAUGAACACAUGAGAUACUUUUUACAAGACUGCAUCAUCCGAGAAAUUGCAGAACAGAAGAUAAAUGCCAACAUCCCUGUUGUCAUAAUUUUGAAAUGCGAACGCAUGAUCUUUAUUUCAGAUGACCAUGAUGAUGUCACCUUACACUCAGAACUCUCUGCCAAAGAAAAAGGCUACUUUGCUGCCAAAGAAAAACACAUUCAAAGCCACCACAGAGAAGAGCCAGGAAGUUUUCAUAGCUUUGAUAUAAUCCGACACAAUUUUGAUAGAAGUCAUGUGGAAAGUAAAAUGCAUUCAAAUGAUGGGAAAGAAAUCAUUGGAUACCUUAAAAGAAACAAAUCAUCUCACAGGACCAAACUCUUUGCAUUUAUUGCCCUGAUCUGUUCAUAUGUCCCUGGCUCCUAUCUUUUACAGUCAGUUUGUGAAUCUUUCCACAAGCAUCUCUGUGCUGAUGACCAAGGCCUAUCAUUUGAAGAGAUUAUUCAGCCUUUCAGAGAGUUCAUUGUUACAUUCUCUAAACAAGGUGGAAAAAACAAGUGUGUCCGCAUAGCACACCCAGUUCUUGCACAUCAGUGUGUUGAGUUAUUGGCUGAUAUUGGUGAUAAAAGAAGCACAGCCACACUGAAGUUUUUGAAGUAUCUAUGCAGAAAACAAAUCCAGCCCUCACUUUUGCAGUUCUUCAAGGACCUGCUCACCAAGAGAGAGAGAACCGCUGAUGGCCAAGAAAGGUUUUCCAGGCUAAUUCUAGAUAUUGAUAACAAUGAGGACAUCGGCAGUUGUAUAUUUGUGUUGAAAAAUGCUUCUGAGACAUUCAAAUAUGACCCAUUCUACCCCCAAUCACUUGCUCGAUUCUACUACAGCAGGACAACUGACUUUGGUAAGGCUGAGGAAUGGGCUCUAAAAGCUAAAGAGAGAGUGCCCACUAAUUCAUUCAUUGCUGAUACAUUAGCACAAGUCCACAAGAACCACCUGAACAAAGCUGUAAAAAAACUAAAGGAGAAAGACAUAUUGACCAUUGCAGGGAAAGCCAUCAAUGCAUUUAAACAAGAAGAGGACUUAGCAGAAAGGGAAGUGAACAACAUGUUGGAUGAAAACAUCACAAAAGUGUUCAACAAUAGAGGGCUUUUUGGCUAUCUACAAGUUGCAAGAAUUGUCCACGAUUCACUCACAAAUCUUCAUCCAACAUGGGAAGAUAUUCUAACACAUGCCAUUUCAUCUCCACAGCUCACAGUACUGUUAAAAGACAGAAACCUACUGAAUUACAAAUCUGUCAUCACUGACCUCAAAGAUGGGGUUCAUACAAAAUGUGAAUUUUUUGAUAGUUACUUCACUUACUCAGACCCAAUGAACUCAGAAAAUGAGCCACCAUACUUAAGACCAGAAAUUAUGGAUUGCUACAGCAAGUACACCAGUUUGUCCAGUAAGAAAGAUGUUGGACCACUACAUAGGCUGAAAGAAAAAAGGGCAUCCACCUUUCCUGGAUUGUUCUCCAUUCUCAAUCACAAUGCCAAACAAUCAAACUUGAAUGAAAUCACUGAGUUGUGGAAAAAAGUGUUUCAAGGAAAGCCUGCAGAUGAAGAUGUUGCCUGUAAUUACAUUCUGGCCAACAUCAUCCUAAGCAAUGAAGCUGAGGGGGUACCUCUAACUGAUUUAAAAACCAUCCUUCAGAGAUUCAUGGAUGAAGAGAUGGCAAAACACCAUACCCCUGAGUUUUACCUGCUUGUUUUGCUAUUAUUUUGGCCUGAAAAUGUGCAAGGACAGAAUAACAUCAACCUCAACAAGUAUGUCGGACCAAUGAGGCAAUCUUUUGAGAAAAAAUACAAGAUCUACUUACAAUUUCGGGAACUUGUUCCCUUGUUCUACCUUGGUAGAGGUGCUGGAUUGAAUAAAUUAAUUCACAAAUCAAAGCUCAACCACAUACGUGAACAGCUGAAAACAAGUCAGACUGGCAAACAAAGUAAUGAUGGGGAUAUGCUGAAACAAACAUCUAUUCAGGAUCUCCUACUUCGUGUCCAAGGAGUUUCCAGAGACCAUAAAACAUUUGUGUGUGUGGCAGGCCAAGAAAUUGAGGUGUGUCCCCACAAACAAGCCAGUGUGUCAAGGCCUGGUGUCAUCUCAUUCUUUCUGGGCUUCAACAUUAGUGGCCUGAUGGCUUUUGAUAUAAAGUACAGCACAAAACUUCAGUCAAAACCAGUUCUACCGGCCACCUCACACAAAAACGACACAGUGGUGUCAGGGAAUUCACAAAUAUGUCACACAUGUGAUCUUGUAAAGGACUCCAACCAUUGGACGAAAGUUCACCCUGUAUUGAUGAAAGAGGCAGAAGUGAGAAUACACUGUCACUGGAACCAAAGAGGACAAUAUGAGUGCAUAGCCUCUGGUCUUCGUUGGGUGUGCAAGAGUGAUGUCACACUUCAAUACCACUACUGCAACUGGAACACCUACAGUCCUUUUUUGGAACCAAUGCAAUACAUACAAGGUGGCCCAUUAUUGGACAUCACUAUUAAAUCAGGUCAACUGGAGGAAAUCCAUCUGCCACAUUUUGUCUGUUUAAGUAGUGACCCUUCCUUUAAGAGCGAAAUGAGAAUUCUGCAUGUGGAGAAAAGUGGAAUAUCUAUAGAGAAAGUGGAUGAAGCUACCUGUUGCCAUGCCAAGCUGCUUCAACCCUCCUUCUCUCCAAAAGGUGUUAUCUUCAGAUUUGGGAAAUAUAAAGUGCAUUGUGAACUCAUGAUCUAUCUCUCGGGGCACAUUCUACGCACAUAUCUGUUUCCCAGUGAUCCAUCUCUUGUUGAGGCUGUAGAGAAGCAAGAGGAAAAAGAAAAAAAUAGCAAAAGGAUCCUUGUUCCAAGACCAGAAAAAUCCCUGAAGAUAAAAAGUUGGUUCAGCUUGGAAAACACAUGCAAUGCUCAUGUUACUCCAGAGAGAAUACAGUUACGAUCAUCCAACACCACACCAAGUUUUUUUAUGAUUCGUCUGGAGAAUUUAAUCACUGACAUUGGUCUGGAGUUGAAGCAUGAAAUGGAAGUUGUAUGGAAAGCAAACAUUCAUAAAGAUUACCUCUUUAUGCAAGGAGAGAGGGAUGUCUCGUAUAAUCACCAGGGGCCCAAUAAUUCCUCCAGUAGGGUUUGUGAAGAAACACUUUGCUGAUCUCAUACAAUGUACCCAAAAUGUAUUAUUGAUAGCAGAUAUCUUGGUUCAACAAGAAAUAAUCAGCAACGAACAGUUCAAUAGCCUCAAGGCCAAGAAAACGGAUCAAAAAAAAAACAAGGAAACUGCUGGAGGCUGUCAGAUGCCAGGGAGAAGAAGCGGAAGAGGAGUUUCUCAAAGCGCUCCAGAAAUACAAUCCUAAACUUGUUCAGUCACUGAUGAAGGAUUCGUAAGUAGGAUGUUUGUUUUGUAUAUACUACUGGAGGGUAUUUCUGACAGCAGGUUAUGCAAAAUACCCGGGUAAGUUGACACCCAAUGUUGUAGCAACAUUGCCAGUAUGUUGCUGCAACAUUGUGUGUCGGCUGGAGAGUUAACUUACUCAGUUUUACUUUUCCUUUUGUUAGUCAUUUUAAAAACUUUCUCUAUUGGGUUACAGAAGGAUAUAUUUAAUAUAAGACAUAAAGAUACAUGUUUCUUAAUUCAAUAGCUUUAAAUGGGUACAACAGGGAAGAAAGCAGUUUUUUAGCAUGUGUUUGCAUAAAUGAAUGAAAAUCUGGUCUUGUUGUUUAUAAGUAUGAUAAUUGGGCACACAGGCCCUUACAAAAGCACUGUACUUCAUGAGAAAUCUGCUAACUGUACAUUUUUGUGAAUGUUGUAUUUUGUACGUAUUUUCUUGUUGCACUGUCUUGAAACACAGACUGUACCUGUGUGUGUUUACAAUGGUGUACUUGACAAGAUGAUGUUGUUGUAUCACUGUCUUAUCAGAUGAGUUAUGGAAUAUUGUAGUUGAGAUUAUGUUAUUGUUUCACUGAUAUUAAGAUAUUUUUUAUAUUGUUUAAACUGUGACUACAUGUGUAGUCCUUGAUCAUCACUUAUGUGCACAAUCAGUACAUCAAUCAGGCAAAUGUAAAUAGAGAUAUUUUUUAUCGAACAGCCUGCACAGCAAUAUGUAUUUUGUCAUGUCUGAAUAUAAUUACGUUUGGCAGACAAAAUACGUCUGUAUAAACCUGGAAUGAGGAUUUUGAAACAGACCUUUAUCGGCACAUUAUUAAAACAAAUUCAAUGUUCUGUUGUCAGACUUAACGUUGGUAUACUAUGGACCAAACAAUCUAUAUAUUUUUCAAAGAAAACCUUGAAGACGCUUUGUGUGGAGAGUAAAAAGUACAGUUGCUACUGUCCAAUAAUUCCCUCUCCCAAUAAUGUAUUGUGACCUUUUAAUAUACUGUAUAUACACUGUAUAUUUGUAUACAGUGUAUACAAAUAUACAGCGGCUUGCCAUAUCAGAAGGAUUUUCUUGUUUGGGAUGACCUUAUUUUAUACUAUCCACUUUGACACCUUUAUCUUCUGCUGUUCUUUCUACUGGCACUAAUUGUAUGUCACCAUAAAUGAAAACGAAUGCUAAAUUAAUCAAAUAUAUGGAUACAUUAUGUGCCCUGAUCUAAAAAGAAUAAAAUAGCCUACUGUUCAAGAUCUUCCAAUGUGUUUCUUACCUUUCAGUCGCUGAUUACAUACAGUUGUCCCAUGGUAACAUCAGUAACAUGAACUCAUAGAAACGACAAGAGCUCCUUAAACGUAUACCCCAGUCAAAGACUGCAAGAGUUUUUCAGUGCAACAAACCAUAUUAUAGUAAGAGAUCAACUGAAGCACCUGAUGAGCAGGAGACAAUCAAGAGUGAAACUAUGUUGUAGGUAACAGGGAGACCAACAUGAAAUGGUAAGUAUGACCACUAUCACACUAUAUAGUGUGAUAGUGGCCAUCUACUUGACCAUCUAC